AUGGCGCGAUCUAAGGAAGAAGAGGCCAAAGGAGAGGCCCUACCAGCUUACUCCGAAUUCCCAGAUCCCUCCUCUCUCCCAACCCAACCAGAAACCUCCGCCUCCGCCUCUACCUCCGCACCCACACCGGCAUCCGCACCAACCAACGCCCCAACCCUCGCCUCCCCCUUCAACUUCCCCUCGGACUCCGACCUCCCGACCUACACCGCAACCGCCGAAACCAUCCUCCACAAGCCCCUCGCAAUCCCACAAACAACACCGGACCCCAAAUCGCCCUUCUUAAACACCUACUCCCCCCUCCUCCUCCGCCACGGCGUAACGCCCGAAACCUGGUCCAGCUUCCUUCUCACCCUCUCCGGCUUCCUCGCCGCCACCGUGUCCGACAAAGCCGUAAGCCACGCAGCACAGAUGGCGCGGCACGUCGGACAGGUACCCAAACGGUUCGGCAAGGAAACGCUUGCGCACGCGAAAAGCACGGGGCGCGCGAUCGCGGAUAGUGCGCGGAAGGGCAAUUACAUCGGCGCGGCGACACACACGAUCAUCGGGGGCGGGGUAUGGCUGCCCGUGGCAACGGCCGUGCGCGCCGUCGGCGCGGCAGUGUCCCUGCCGUUCGCGGUGCUAGGCGCUACGGUCGAGGACCCGAAGACGCCGCGGGAGCGCGCGGAGGCGUAUGCGUGUGCUGCGAACGCGAAGUGGCUGCAUCGGCGGGGGUUGGAGGCGCAUUUACUCGAGACGACGGAGCUGGCGCCUGUGUUGGGGUUGGGGGUUGAGGAGAUGUUGGGGCUGGCGAGAGGGGCGAAGGAUAGGGGUGCGAAGGCGCAACUGGCGGCGCUGGGGGCGUAUGUUGCUGAUGUGGAGGUUAAGGGGGAGGUGGGCUUGGAGUUGGGGGCGAUUACGUUUUGGUUGGUUGUUACGCAGAAGCCGGAGGAUGAGGAGGGGGAGAGGGGGAAGGGGAAGGGGAAGGGGAAGAAGAGUUCGCGGUGAGGGGGUGGUGAGGCGUAAGGGAGUUUCUGGGUGGAUAUUGUAUGUUGAUGGUUCUACAUGUGGCAUAUUUUUGAGGUUGACUGGACUGAUAUUUCGGUUGAGAUGACGCUUUAGGACAGGCGAGUACUACCUAUUUGGACAGUUGACCCCUUAUCUUGCUCUUGAUAAUAACCUGAUGGCACUCAUGAAAUCUCAAUUGUCACUUGUUCAGGGGAUUUUCUGGUUAGGUGAGCAGUGUUCUACUUCCUGAACCGUGUCUGACGAUUGCUGUUAAUUAAAGGGACCUAACAAUGCAUCCUGAAUGAUUGUUAAAAGGAGCUAUGUUCAAGCAUGAUUUACUUCAUGCUGAUUUUAAUCUUAGAAACGAUAUAUAUAAUAUAA